CAGUGCCCUGAUGAUCAGUGUAGCCCCAUCAGUGCCACCUGUCAGUGCCAAUCAGUGCCACCUGUAAGUGCCCAUCAAUGCCACAUAUUAGUGCCUACCAGUGCAUAUCAAUGCCACAUAUCAGUGCCCAUCAGAGCUGCCUUUCAGUGUCGUCUAUCAGUGCCAGUCAGUGUCGCCUAUAAGUGCCAGUACGUGUUGCCUAUCAGUGCCACCUAUCAGUGGCAGUCAGUGCUGCUUAUCAGUGCCCAUCAGUGCUGCCUAUCAGUGCCAUCAGUGCCACCUAUCAGUGUCCGUCAGUGCCACCUAAAAGUUCCAAUCAGUGCCACCUACAGUUCCAAUCAGUGCCAUCUAUCAGCGCCAGUCAAUGCCAUCUAUCAGUGCCAGUCAGUGCUGCCUCUCAGUGCCACCUACCAGUGCCCAUCAGAGCCAUAUGAGUGCCGCCUAUCAGUGCCAUAUAUGUGUGCCACCUAUUAGUGCCAUAUAUGAGUGCUGCCUGUCAAUGCCCACAAGUAAUGCAUGUCAAUGCUCAUUAGUGCCACCUAUCAGUGCCAUCCUCAUCAAUGCCGCCUAUCAGUGCCCAUCACUGCAGCCUCAUUAGCUCACUUCAGUGAAGGAGAAAAAUUACUUAUUUACAAAAUUUUAUAACAGAAACUAAGAAAAAAAAAUUUUCUUCAAAAUUUCUGUCUUUUUUAGUUUGUUUAGCAAAAAAUAA